GCAACUCUGUUAUCCGCAAAAUUUGUUUACUUUUGACAGCUGCGUAACAGCUGAUUGUGUUUUGACAGCAGCAGUAAGUUUCGCCUUCUAUAUACCAGUUCCAAAUGUUCGGACUCUAUUUUGUGAUUUUCCAAUAUUACUUUAAUAUAAAGCAGUAAAGCACAGCGUUUGAAAAUCAAUUUUACAAACCUGACUUAAAAUAAACAUUUUUGGAGCAUAUAGAAUAACAAUGGUCAGAAGCCUUUUCCUUAUCGCGCUGCUUUCAGCGGCCUUCAUCAGCACAGCCAAUGCGGAGAUGCCUGCCUUUAAGACGAUUUUUAAGUUCUUUACAUAUGGCGGCGCUAGCGAUUACAAUGGCAAUGGCACACGCACCAAAGACGUCUCACAGAUGACACCCGAGGAAUUGGGUAUUUCACGCGGUCGAUGUCAUUAUGAUUUUCUAUCAUAUAUCACAUACAGUGAACGCUUAUAUUGUGCACCAGAUGAUCAACACAUUUUGCAUUUAUUGCCGAGCAAUAUUACAGAAGCUGUGCGCAAACCGCCAAUAAUGAUGCGUUGCUUGCAGCCAGAGCGUCAUGAGAAUGCGACACAGAACGAUAAUACACUACUCAUCAUGCAAAAUCUAAAGGAUAUAGUGGCGCUACUAAAACCAGUGGGUAAUGCUACCAAACGCCAUGAGCCGGGUAGUUGUGUAAUUGUGCUUUUCUACACCGAAUCUAGUCUCGGCUGCGCGCAUGUUGCACCCUAUGCGAAUAUGUUACCCAUACUAUUUCCCACACUACGUUUCGCCGCCAUUGAUGCUUUCAAAUUUCCCAGCUUCAAUACCGAAUUCGGUAUAGUCGGUUUGCCAACGCUAUUGCUAUUCCAUCAGGGGCGCCCGAUAGUCAAGUUCUACAGUGACAUUGGCACAUUCCAUGCAUUCGUUACACGACACACCGGCAUUAAACCUAUUGAGCCAAUGCCUAAAGAGUCGGAGGUGACCGGACCGUUGCCGCUACAACCAGUGCCGCAAGUCGAUUACGUGCUCAUACUGGCCUGGGCCUUCAUACUGCUGUGUGUGGGCAAUUACUUUGCGAAGUCGCAUUUGUGCAAGCAAAUCGUGGAGAUGAUCAAGCGUAAUUGGCGUGAGUCGGAAGCGCGCAUGGAGCGAAAUUGAAAACAAGUGUACAGCUAAGUCUGACUUUAGUGAAAAGCUGUUUCAACAAGAUUCUCAACAUAGUUUUUAUGGCGAAUAAAACUAGUUUUUAUUUCGAAAAAAAAAACUGAAAAAGUUUUUAUUGCGAAUAAAACUGAAAAUACAACUAAUAGAAUUGUUUUCUUUUUCCAACAGAGUGAAAGGCUUUUGCGUUCAUACUCACCAAUGCAGAAAUAUUAACCUCAAAACAUUUCAAUAAUCACAAAUUGUCUGUUGUCUUGAUGGUACUUAUCUGUUUUUAUUUAUUUAAUUAUACUUGAACAUUACCAUUUUCUAUAUGCUCAAAAAAGGUUUACAUUUUUAUUACUUUGAUUUAUCUCUGCAGCGGAGCUCAGCCGACAUACAUUUAGCAAAUAAUUGAGAUUAAAAUGACAAAAUUUUUAUGUUUCACUUAACUGUAGUAAGCACUGAGAUUACAACUGUCGGGGAUUUUAAGCAUCGACGACUGCAUUUUAAAUUAAUAUUGUAUGAAAAUAUAGAGAUAUGAACUGUGGUGAAUUUCUAACUAUUUCAGGAAAUAAGAAAAAAAAUGAAGAAAUAGUUCAAAAUUCAAAUAAAUUCAACAAAAUAUCUAUAAAAUUACAUUUUUUUAAUUUCAAAUGAUUUUAUUUAAUUUUGUAUUUAUUUCUUUUCUUUCUUGUGGUUUCUGCUUUUUUCUUUAAACUAUGCAUUGUUGCUUGUUCUUAACUUCAAGACAAUAAAACUAUUAUUUCUUUUUUUUUUGUUAUGUUGGAAUUUUAGCGCGCAAUUUCGCUGUCAAAAAUUACCGUUUGAAUUUGAGGUGAGUUUUUAGGGAAAUUAUUUGAACAUGUAUUUUUUGUGGAAAGUGAAAUUCAGUUAAAAAAAAAAACAAAAAAAAUUAAAUAAAAAUAAAUAAAUAACAAAAAAAAUUAAAUAAAAAUAAAUAAAUAACAAAAAA